UGAGGACAGUUAGUUAUUGUGAAUAAAUUUCUUUGGAAAAGUAUCGAAAAUAUGGCGAUUUUUACCAACUAUUUAUUCGAAUUUAGUUGUAUAGUAAUCAGUAUCGUAUUCGGUUUAUAUCUAUACGUGAAAUAUGUGGCCUUCAAUUACUGGAGUUCGAAAAACGUCGCUCAUCCCAAACCGGCCAUUCCUUUUGGCAGCUUGGGGCCUGUCACCAAAGGAAAACGUUCGAUGGGUCAAAUGAUCGCCGAUGUAUAUGCGGAGUAUAAAAAGAAUCCGGUCAUUGGUGUCUACAACCUGACUUCACCUGCUUUGAUCAUUGCCAAACCUGAUCUCAUACGUUUUGUACUCACCAAGGAGUUCGCGCAUUUUCACGAUCGCGGUGUAUAUUGCAAUGAAAAGAUCGAUCCUUUGACAGGACAUCUUUUUGCGCUGCCUGGGGCUAAAUGGAAGUAUUUAAGGACAAAGUUCACUCCGACAUUCACUGCAAGCAAGAUGAAACAGAUGUUCUUCACUGUUAAGGAAACUUCCGUUCUACUUGCCAACGCGGUUGAGCAAAAUGCGAAGAAGUCUGAAGUUAUUGAAGUCAAAGAACUCAUGGCAAGGUUUACAACCGACGUUAUAGCUUCCGUAGCUUUUGGCAUCAAUUGCAACAGUCUUGAGAAUCCGGACGCCGAAUUUCGGACCAUGGGCAGAAAGAUAUUUGAACCACGACUGGUCAAACGAAUUUUGGGAUUCUUGCUCCCAUCCGUGUUACAGUUUUUCAAAAUUCCUAUCAUUGACGAGACUAUCAGUAAAUUCUUCAUUCGCGCCUUCAGAGAAGCAGUCGAGUAUCGGACUGCCAAUAAUAUUGUUCGAAAGGACUUUUUGGACUCUGUUAUACAGCUGAUGAACAAGGGUUACGUUCAAAAUGACAAUGAUAAGUCAACCGUACCAGCGAAAGAGCUUGACGAUCAGAAAAUUACGCUCAUUCAAGGAGCCGCGCAAGCUUUCGUCUUUUGGAUUGGCGGCUUCGAUACCUCGUCGUCGACUGUUACCUUUUGCCUAUACGAGAUGGCUCUGCAUCUGGAUAUCCAAGACCGAUUGGCCGAAGAGAUAAAUCAAGUCCUACAAGAAUAUGGGGGUGUGACUUACGAGAGUAUCAAGGCGAUGCCCUAUCUUCACAAAGUAGUUUCCGAAACUCUGAGAAAGUACCCGGUUAUCCCGAUGCUCAACCGAGUGUGCGAGGACGACAUUGAGCUUCCGGGAACUGGACUCCGCGUCGAGAAGGGUACCGGGAUACUGAUUCCGGUUCUGGGACUCCAUACGGACCCCGAUAUAUUUCCGGAACCGGAAAAAUUCGACCCGGAACGUUUCGACGAGGAGAAUAUCGCCAAGAGGCAUCCGUACGCUUAUUUGCCAUUUGGCGAGGGUCCCAGGAAUUGCAUCGGUAUGAGGUUUGGUUUACUUCAAACGAAGGUUGGCAUCGUCAGCUUGCUGUCCAAAUACCGAUUCACGCCGUCCUCGGAUUUGAAGCCCAUUGUCAUGGACACAGCAAAUUUCCUCCAGGUCCCCCUACACGGUGUCUCGCUUAGGAUACAAAUGCGAUAAUUUUUUCCAUAAUUGUGAUAAUGUUUAGUGGAAAUUUUGGACGAUAGCUUGUGUAUAGGUAAUGUCAAAGGUGUUUGGCGCUAUAUAGUCACUUCG